AUGUCUUCCGCCGAGCCACAGGCCGGGCCGUCCGAGGAGAAGCCCGCGGUGGACGACAAGGCUACAGUUGACCUCGACGCCGAGCUCAAAGCCUUCUACGGGGAGGUCAAGCAGACGGACAGGAGCAACGAGGUCAUGCGCAUCCUCAACUCCUUCAAGCUCAACCCGUACGAGUGCCUCAACUUGCGCUUCGACGUGGAGGAGAACGACAUUCGGAAGCAGUUCCGCAAGGUGUCCGUUCUCAUCCACCCAGACAAAUGCUCCCACCCGCGCGCCAAGGAGGCUUUCGAGCGCCUCGGCGAGGCCGUCAAGCAGCUCACCAGCGAGGAGGAGACCUUCGCCGAGCAGCAGAAGGAGCUCAAGGCCAUCCUCAACAUCGCCAAGGACGAGGUCCUGAAGGAGCGCGCGGCGAAGGUGAAGCGCGACCAGGUCGUUCAGGUCGCGGCGUUCGUGCACGCGGAGGGCAGCGAGGGCGUCGAGAGGGACUGGCAGGCCUCGGACGACUUCCACGAGCUGUGGAAGGCGAAAGCGAGGGAGUUCCUGGCCAAGGCGGCGUUCCGGAAGCGCAAGGUCAUCGAGCGGGUGAAGAAGGAGACGGACGCGGAGCUGCAGGCGGAGCAGGAGGAGAUCGAGCGAAAAAAACGGGCGAAGAAGGACGAAAAGACUUGGGCGGCGGGGAGGGACGAAAGGGUGGGGUCGUGGCGGGAGUUCCAGAAGGGGAAGAAGAAGGCAACGUGGCGGGGGCCGAAGCUGCGCAACGAGGACAAGGACAACCUGUACGUGCGGCGGCCGACCAAGCCGCGGACGUGA